CCCCCGGGCCAGCCCCCCGCUCCCUAUUGGUCCUCCGGGGAAACGCUGCGGGGCGCCUCUGUCCCCGCUGCAGAGCCCCGGCCGGGGCCAGCGGGCGGGGUUUGCCGGGGCCGCUGUCGGUCAGGUCCGCGGUCCCUGACAGCUCAGGGAGCCUCCCGCGCGGCCGCGGCGCCCGCCACCCACGCACCUCCCGCGCCGCGCCCGCUUCAGCUCCAACCGCCCCCAGCUCCUGGCCCCGCGCCGCCGAGUCCGUGAGCCGGGCUCGCCACGAAGAGCUCCGGGAUCAUCCAGUGAAAAUAAUAUUGCCCCUAACAUAUCUGGAACAUCAGCCUCAGAACCACUGCCCAUGGUUAUUCAACGUCUUCAGGCCUCACAGGAUGAGGGUGAAUCAGCACCUGCCAAACUUUUGAGACAGCUCACGGCUUAGAGGAAGCCUCAUCUAAAUAAAGGCCGGCUAAAGUGACAUUGCAGGGAUUUAAUCCUUCUCUGGCAGCCCGUGUGACCAGAAGGCUGAUUUGCAAGUUUCCACUCUCCUAGGGUCCAGAUCACUGGGUCUCGGGGGCCCUGAGGCUGGCCAGCAGGAGAAGUGCAAAAUGAAGGAGGUCAGAAGGGAACGGCAGCAGCAGGGACCCGGGGGCCUCCACGGGGCUCUUAUAUACCACAAUGAAAUAUUCUCCGGCCAUCAAAGGAAAUAGCAAACUGGAGGCUUUGUCUUGGGACGCAGCCACCUUCCACAGAGCAUCAGACUGCAUGGUGGGCCAGAAAGUUCCUGGAGCCUGAGCCGGAGAGUGGUUAUGGUAAUUGGAUGUGCGGGCCUAUACAGUGAGAGCUGGGAAGUGCCACGUGAGGGAAGGUGGGAAAUGUCUUGAGUGAGGUGGGUGGCUCCUGGCCUGGCUGGGCAGACUCUGCUGGCCCGUGUGCCUCUGCCCCCCUCAGACCAAGAAGGGGUCUGCUCAUCAAGGAGCCUACCCAGAUCUGCAGGCCAGCUGUCACAGACACGGGGCUCUGGCAGGCCCUAACUCCCAUCUCCCAUCCCCCGGGCCCUUGGCACUGCUCCCCGAGCCUGCCUUCGAUUGGUGCCCUUGGCCGAGACGGAGAUGUGAGCCUGGGGUGGACGAUGACUGCAGUGUACGUGAAUGGAGGCGGCCUGGUAACCCCCCACUAUGCCAGGUGGGAGCGGCGGGAUAGCGUGGAAAGUGGCUGUCAGACGGAGUGCAGCAAGGAGGAUGAGGGGCAGCCCCGCCAGCUGACACCCUUCGAGAAGCUGACCCAGGACAUGUCCCAAGAUGAGAAGGUGGUGAGAGAGAUCACGCUGGGGAAACGUAUUGGCUUCUACAGAAUCCGAGGGGAAAUUGGAAGUGGGAACUUUUCCCAAGUCAAGCUCGGGAUUCACUCCCUAACUAAAGAAAAGGUGGCCAUUAAGAUCCUGGACAAGACCAAGCUGGACCAGAAAACCCAAAGGCUACUGUCCCGUGAAAUUUCCAGCAUGGAAAAACUGCACCAUCCCAACAUCAUCCGUCUGUAUGAAGUGGUGGAGACCCUAUCCAAGCUCCACUUGGUGAUGGAGUAUGCAGGGGGUGGGGAACUCUUUGGGAAAAUCAGCACUGAAGGGAAACUCUCAGAGCCAGAAAGCAAGCUCAUCUUCUCCCAGAUUGUGUCUGCCGUGAAGCACAUGCAUGAGAACCAAAUUAUUCAUAGAGACCUGAAAGCAGAAAACGUGUUUUAUACCAGUAAUACUUGUGUGAAGGUGGGUGAUUUUGGAUUCAGCACAGUAAGUAAAAAAGGCGACAUGCUCAACACUUUCUGCGGGUCGCCUCCCUACGCGGCGCCCGAGCUUUUCCGAGACGAGCAUUAUGUCGGCAUUUAUGUGGACAUCUGGGCCUUGGGGGUGCUUCUGUACUUCAUGGUGACCGGCACCAUGCCGUUUCGGGCAGAGACUGUGGCCAAGCUGAAGAAGAGCAUCCUGGAGGGCACAUACAGCGUGCCUCCGCACGUGUCCGAGCCCUGCCUCCGCCUCAUCCGGGGCGUCCUUCAGCCUGUACCCACCGACAGGCACGGCAUCGAUUCCAUCAUGAGCAAUGAGUGGAUGCAAGGGGUGCCGUACCCCACCCCUCUGGAGCCUUUCCAACUGGAUCCCAAACAUUUGUCUGAAACCAGCACCCUCAAGGAAGAAGAAAACGAGGUCAAAAGCACUUUAGAACACUUGGGUAUUACAGAAGAGCACAUUCGAAACAACCAAGGGAGAGAUGCCCGAAGCUCCAUUACAGGGGUCUAUCGGAUCAUUUUACAUAGAGUCCAAAGAAAAAAGGCUUUGGAAAGUGUCCCGAUAAUGAUACUACCUGACCCGAAAGAAAGGGACCUGAAGAAAGGGUCCCGUGUCUAUAGAGGCAUAAGACACACAUCUAAGUUUUGUUCAAUUUUAUAAAUUGCAUUAACUGCUGAUAAUUAACCAAGAGCAUUGUUGCUGCUUUUAAAUUUUUUCAUGGACAACCUGGGUGGAGACAUUUUUGUAAUUUUUAAAUAAAUUUAAAUUUAAGAUCUGCAUUUUCCCCCCAGAAAA